GAAAAACUAUUGCCCAAUGUAGAUAAGGCAACCCCAACUCAACUACAAAACACAAUCAAAUCCUCGACGAGAGAAGCAGGGCAACAAUGGCUUCAACCACUGCUCCUUGUUCCUUCCUCCGCACUUCCUUUCUAACCGUAUCUUAUUCACAGAACAUUCUCAACCGUCCGCACCUUCAUUUUCCGCCUACUACUUCAAGUUCCGGCCGUCACUCUCUUGUUGUUGAAGCCAAGGCUACGACCAGACGAGAGGACCGCACAGCUCGCCAUUCUCGAAUUAGGAAGAAGGUUGAAGGAACAACGGAGAGGCCAAGGUUAUCUGUUUUCCGUUCGAAUAAGCAUUUGUAUGUACAGGUUAUCGAUGACUCCAAGAUGCAUACGCUUGCUGCAGUUUCUACAAUGCAGAAAUCAAUCUCUGAGGGGUUAGACUACAGUGCUGGCCCUACCAUUGAAGUGGCAAAGAAAAUAGGGGAAGCGAUUGCAAAAUCUUGUUUGGAGAAAGGAAUAACAAAAGUUGCAUUCGAUCGCGGUGGAUAUCCAUACCAUGGACGAGUAGAAGCACUUGCUGAUGCGGCUCGUGAACAUGGCCUUCAAUUCUGAGAAUCCUUGUGUGUGUGUUUUUUUUCUUCAUAUCUUUUAGCUUGGUAUUAUGUAACAGUGCCAUCAUAUGGGCUUAUUUUCUGUUGAUUAGACGAGAGUUGUAGUCGUUUGACCUGAAAUUAAGAGGGAAAUUAUUUAUUGAUUCAUCUUUUCUUGGCA